AUGGCAUCGGCAGACGUCGGCUCCCCGCGCCUCGAGCGCCGCGAACGCGAUGGCGAACCUGAGGACGACCGCGACGGCAAUGACCGUCGACACCAUCGCGACAAUGAGCGCCCCCGCAACCGAGACAGAGAACGCGAUCGCGAUCGCACCGACAGCUAUCGACCGGCUCCCAAGGAACAGCGUCGCCCGACACCCCCCGUCAAGACGGAAGAGGAGAAGCAGGCCAUCGCGAAGGCCGAGUACGAGAAGCUGCUGUCCAUGCGAUCCGGAGGCACAUAUAUCCCGCCCGCACGGCUGAGGGCGCUACAGGCCCAGAUCACCGACAAGAGCUCCAAGGAAUACCAGAGGCUGAUGUGGGAGGCGCUGAAGAAGAGCAUCAACGGUCUGAUCAACAAGGUCAACUACUCCAACAUCAAACACAUUGUCCCCGAGUUGUUCGGCGAGAACCUGAUCAAGGGUCGCGGCCUUUUUUGCCGAUCCAUCAUGAAGGCGCAAGCGGCCUCUUUACCCUUCACCCCUGUCUUUGCAGCCAUGGCGGCCAUCGUCAACACGAAGCUGCCUGCCGUCGGCGAGCUCCUGGUCAAGCGCCUCAUCAUAUCCUUCCGCAAGGGCUUCAAGCGCAGCGACAAGGCUGUCUGCGUCUCAUCCACCACCUUCUUGGCGCAUCUCAUAAACCACCAGGUCGCCCACGAACGACUGGCCGGCCAGAUGCUCCUCCUCCUCCUCCACAAGCCGACCGACGACAGUGUCGAGAUCGCCGUCAACUUUAUGCGCGAGGUGGGGCAGCACUUGCAGGAUAUGCAACCCGCAAUCGCCUUGGCUGUUUGGGAUCAGUUGAGAAACGUCUUGCACGAGGCCGACAUCGAUAAGCGCGUGCAGUACAUGAUCGAGGUGCUCUUCCAGGUCCGAAAAGACAACUUCAAGGACAACCCACCCAUCAAGGAGGAGUUGGACCUGGUCGAAGAGGAGGACCAAAUCACACACAUGGUCGACCUUGACGGAGAGAUUGACGUGCAGGACGGUCUCAACAUAUUCAAACACGACCCGCAAUGGGAGGAACACGAGGAGGCAUACAAGAAGUUGAAGGCCGAGAUUUUGGGAGAGGGCAGCGACUACGACGAUGACGACGACGACGAUGAAGACGAAAGCUCCGAGGAAGAAGAUAAUGAGGAGGAGAAGGCCAUGGAGAUCAAGGACCAGUCCAACACCGAUCUGGUCAACUUGCGACGCACCAUUUAUCUGACCGUCAUGUCCUCCAUUGAUCCCGAGGAAGCCGUACACAAGCUCCUGCGAGUCAAUCUCCCGGCCGGCCAGGAGCCGGAGCUUCCAUCGAUGAUUGUCGAGAUUUGCUCCCAGGAGAAGACCUUUUCCAAGUUCCACGGCCUGAUUGGUGAGCGCUUCGCCAAGCUGAACCGCUUGUGGACUGGUCUCUUUGAGGAGUCAUUCGCCGACUACUACGGCAAAAUUCAUCGCUACGAGACAAACAGGCUUCGCAACAUUGCGCGCUUCUUUGCGCAUUUGCUUGCAACUGAUGCCAUUGGCUGGCAUGUUCUCUCGGUCAUUCAUCUGAACGAGGACGAGACAACCAGCAGUUCCAGAAUUUUCAUCAAGAUCCUCUUCCAGGACAUCUCUGAGGAGCUUGGUAUGGCGAAGCUCCAGGCACGGAUGAAGGACGAGAUUCUGCAGCCCAGCUUCGUCGGCUUGUUCCCCCGCGACAAUGCGCGGAACAUCCGUUUCUCUAUCAACUACUUCACCAGUAUCGGCAUGGGCGCUCUCACGGAGGCUUCCAGAGAGUAUCUCCAAAACCUUCCCAAGCCGACUUUGCCCGCACCGCCAGCUGACGAUUCCGACUCGGAUUCAGUGUCCGACUAUUCUUCUUACACCGGCUCGUCCUACUCCCGCUCGCGGUCAAGAUCGCGCACGCCCCGGCGUGCCAUUGACCGCAAGUACUCCGACUCCAGAUCUCCUCCCCCUCGUGGUAGAGGACGGUCCUACAGCCGGGACAGGAGCUCUACCCGGUCUCGCUCUUAUAGUCGCUCGGUCACGCCUCCCAGAAGGGCACGCCGUGACGACUCUCAUUCCGCAAGCCCGCCGAGAGGACGCGGCCGCUCAGUCAGCUAUUCCAGGUCUCCGCCUCCGGCCCGAAAUGGCCCCAGAGAUCGCAGCCUCAGCGUGACGCCGCCGCCGCGAAGGGCAGCCCGGAGAAACAGCCCAUCCGUCAGCAGGUCCCCUUCCCCACGGAGAGGGCGUUCUAUCUCCUAUUCGGCCAGCCCCCCACCUGCGCGAGGCUCUGCUCAAGGUUCGGCCCUUGGCCGUAGCUCUAAGCCAGACUCUCGUCGCACAGCCCGGCGAAACAGUUCGUCGGUGAGCAGUGUACCACGGAAGCGCGCCCGCUACGAUAGCCGAUCUCCCAGUCGGUCGCCGAGCCGUGCAUCGUCGUAUGACUCGCGGUCUCGCUCUCCUGUCCGCCGCGGGCCUAGAGAUAGCCGUUCGCCUCCGGCCCGUCCACGGGACAUUGCCAGCAUCUCACCGCCGCCCCGGGCAAGAGUCGCCCGUCGCGACGAUUCGGCGUCGAGGUCGCCAAGCCCUGCGCCGAGGAGGUCACUCAAGAGAAGUUCGCCCGAUGGCCGGGGCAGAGACUCGGGGAGCCCCGUGGGUGCGAAGCGGAGGAGGUACAGUGACUCGGUGUCCCGGUCGCGAAGCCCGCCGCCGACGAAGAAGGGUCGGAGGUGA